CUGUCAAAAUUCGCACUGCUCACUACCACAGGAAUACGAUAGACUUUAGACUACACUAGCCAGUAUCUGCAUAAUUAUAGAAGGAGAGGGAGGAGAUCAGAUCGAGGCAAAGGAAGAAAGUUUGUGUAAGGUUCCCAUCACCUCGACUGCGACCGAACUCUCCUUCUAUCUCUCUCUCUCUCUACGACACUCACAUCAAUAUGCCAUCCCGACCAGGAGUCACAUUCGAGUCCGAGCUACGACUUCGACAGCGUCCCUCUUCCCCUCCUUCCCCUCUUCACAAUACUAGUAAACAGGCCAGAAGUUAUCCUCCGACAAGCGAAGAUUUCCUCGAAUUCCUCAACUGGCUAAUCCGUAUCGCUCUUUCACCUAUCACGGUCCCACUUGAACUCAUACACCAAGCACUCACUUCUCGCUUCACUGUGGGUUUAGCCCUAAGGCUCAUCUUACUUGGUGUCUUGGUGUUAGGCUCCGGAGCUUUCUCCGUCAUGUCAGUCGGAGCGUUUUGGUGGGUAUGGUCAUCCGGAGGGACUGUGGAGACUGAAGGGUGGUUGAUAUAUGGAUCGACAACACAUAGAUUACCUCACGCUUUGAUCAACCUUCCAAUGGACAAGUUCGAAGUGGAUUUGAGGUAUGAUGUUCAAGUUGAGAUGGAACUUGUUCGUCCUUCUCAUAUGACUCAAGAAAGUAAUAAUUUCAUGAUAAACCUGGAAUUACGAUCCGAAAAGUCCCCAGAGAAUGUGGUCAUUGCUGCUUCUCGUCCUUCUCUCCCUCCUCCCCCUACCGCCGCAAGCUUGCUUCACCUCCCUCCCCUCCCUACUCAUCUCUUGCCACCAUGCGUCAUUCCAUGGCCUUUACGUGGUUUGUGUCCUUCCCGUUUGUUCGGCUAUGCCGACCCACCACCUUCGUCCGCGGUACGACGACUCCACUCUGAUCCCGCGAGCGUUGGAGCCCCUGUACCUCUGAAAAAGGUCCUGAUGGAGGGUGUCAUGAUCCGACCUAGUCUGGGAGGCGAGACUUCUCUCGGUUCGGCAUACAUCAGCAUCGGUCGAGAAGAUCAUUUUACAGAAGACUCAAAAUCAUAUCAGCCUAAAGAAGUCCGUACAACCGGCUGGGUCAUCGUCCGAUUCAUUCCCCGUCCUACAGGUAUACGAUAUCUUCUUGCGUCUCACCCACUUCCUCCUUUGCUACUCCUCCCACCUGUUGCCCUAGGAAUGACCCUCGCCUCGUCAAUCAUGUGGUUUAUUGUCAUUACCUGUAUCGCUCGGUUCAGACGACGGUCGAAGGGCGAAGACGAUACACGGGUGUCAUCCCCGACGGGACAGAGCGAAGCGGAGUUGUUGGCUGAGCGUCAAGCGAAGAUCUUUGAUGAACGCGAUAAAGCUGAAAAGAAAGAGGCGGAGAGGAGGAAAGCGGAAUGGGAAGAGGUGGAAAGUCGGGCGAGUGGGAGUAGGAUACCUGCGGAGAGAAAGAGGACAGUGCCUUCUACUGUGCUUGGAGGGUCAGAGACGACAGCACCCACAACGGUGUCAUUCGGCCCCACCCUACCUCCCAUGUCGGAGAGCGAAAGUCCCCCAACGAGCAGUUCAGAAGAUACGGAUGCCAUCAUUCGUGCUAAACUUGCCAGCAUCCCCAGACCGGAAGAUAUGGAUUCCCUCUGGGAGAUGUAUGAUUGAUCGGGAGUCAGAUCGAUCAGAGUUACAUCGUAAAGGGGUUUGGAUAGGUUGUAGCAUAGCACAUGCAUAGGUCACAACUUU